AUGGCAGGCUUUCUCAAUCUUCUGUGUACAGUCUUCUUCCUCAGUCUCAUUAGCCAAGGGAAUUGUCACUGUCAUCAGGUAACGGACAUCAAAAUUUUCCAGUCUCAAACAGGAUUGCUCGUGCAAAACAAGCCGCAAUGGAAAGUAACCAUCUUAAAUGAUUGUAUAUGCACUCAAGUAAAUAUCAAACUGGCCUGUGAUGGAUUCCAAACUGUUGAAGGUAUUGACUCUUCCAUCUUGGCAGUAAGGGAUGAUGGAUGUCAAAUUAACCAUGAGCAGCCAGUGUAUGGGUUUCGAACUUUCAAUUUCACCUACUCUUGGGGUACUCAAUAUCCAUUCAUGCCAGUUUACUCCGAAAUUGCAUGCUCGUGA